AUAUAUAUAUAUAGAUGAGAGUGAAAAAGUGAAAGGAACAUGGUCUUCUUCUCCAUUCUCCAUUCUCCGUUGUCGCACAUUCUGAAAUUCUGAAGAGAGAGAAGAAUGGGAGAGGAAUUGGUGAUGCAAGAAGGCUACGUUGCCAAUGAAGAGAGGUACCUCACAGUGCUUAAAACCUCUCUCUUCUUCAACGGUGAUGGCUUCGCUGUCUACGAUUCCAAGGGUCAACUCGUUUUCCGCUUCGACUCCUAUGGUCCACGGUCACGUGACAAAGACGAGCUUGUUCUCAUGGAUCCCAAUGGCCGUUCUCUUCUUACUCUGCGCCGGAAGAAGCCGAGUCUUCAUCAGCGGUGGGAAGGGUUCAGAGGGGAGAGAAGGGAGGGAGAGAGAGCCGUUUUCAGCGUGAAGAGAUCGUCGAUCAUCGGACGGUCGCGGACGAGCGUGGCGGUAGAGGUGUACGAUAGGGCUGGUGUGGAGUACCUGAUCGAAGGGUGUUUCCGGCAGCGGUGGUGCAAGGUUUUGAAUGCGGGGAAGGAAACGGUGGCCGAGAUUCGUCGCAAGGUGGACCCCACCACUAGCGUUAUGCUGGGGAAGGAAGUGUUUUGGCUUUGCGUGAAGCCUGGUUUUGAUGCGGCCUUCGCCAUGGGAUUGGUGUUGGUGCUUGAUGAGAUGAACGGUGAGAAUUACUUUGACGAUAGAAUGGAAGAGCCUGUGGUGCGCUCUGCCGCAGAGGAUCCGGGACUGGUUUCACCUCUUCCAGUUUGAGAGAAAUGCGUGUUUAUUCUGAUGCUGACGUUAUACUCACUCAUAUUAGAAACGUUUUUUUUUUAAAUAAUAAUGAUAAUGUUGUGGAUGAAAUCACUUGGCAAUGUAGUACAUUGUCAUUUGCAAAGAACACAAGGAAGAACUGAUCCUAAUUUCCCUUGUUAUUUCUCACAAUUACCAUUUUAAUAAAAUAAUUAAAAAUUAAGAAAUGUA